UUAUUGAAAAAAAAAAAAAAAAAAAAGUUCCCUCUGCCUUUUUGGAUUGGCCUGUGCGGAUGUGAUUUGUCGUGCGUUUUCUCGCUUUGGCAAUUUUCUGAAAAGGAAGAAUAGAAACACAAACUUGCAACCAAUCGAAGACGUUCGUUCAGCGUGCGAAAUGGUGAAACCGAGUCGACUGUCUUCGCCCAGCGAGCCGAGUCUCUACUCGUCCUGGGCGGAUCAUCCUGGCCACCAUCAACAUCAUUUGCAUCAUCAUGGAGGUUCGGAUGGCCAUCACCAGCACGCCAAUCAUCCCGACGAGCAACACGCUCACCAUCAGGUGGCGAUGAAAAAUGGCGUCGCGGGUCCUCCGGUCGUCUCCAUGCUCAACCUGUGGAAUACGAGUAGUAGUAGUGGUAGUAGUAGCGCUAACAGUAGCAACAACAACAACAACAACGGCCGACCUGUUGCGACCAACAACAACGACGACAACAGCACGGCCGAAGAUGCCAACGAAGACGAUAACAACGACGCGUCCGCGUCGUCCAAUCACGCGGCUCUUGCCGAACACAACGAUCUCUCUCACGCUCUCUCGCCCUCCGCCAUCGGCUCCAUCAAAGCGCAAAUCGAGAUCAUCCCGUGCAAGGUGUGCGGCGACAAGAGUUCGGGCGUCCAUUAUGGAGUCAUCACCUGCGAAGGCUGCAAGGGCUUCUUCCGGCGCUCGCAGAGUUCCGUCGUCAACUACCAAUGCCCGCGCCAAAAGAAUUGCGUCGUCGAUCGCGUCAACCGCAACCGAUGCCAGUACUGUCGGCUACAAAAAUGUCUGGCACUCGGCAUGUCCAGAGAUGCGGUGAAAUUCGGUCGGAUGUCGAAGAAACAACGCGAAAAGGUCGAGGAUGAAGUGCGCUACCAUCGGGCGCAGAUGAAAGCCCAGCAGGCUGAAACGUCACCCGACAGCAGCGUCUUCGAUAACCAACAGCCGUCAUCGUCCGACCAACUGGCGCCCUACACCGGCGGGUAUUCCAGUUACGGCGGUGACAUGAGCCCCUACACGCCGUCCGGUUACGGUUUCACACCGACGCCCCACACCAAUCAACCAGUACCUGGUGGAGGCAGUGGUGGAGGAGCCGGCGGAGGGACUGGCGGCGGAGGUAGCAGCAUGAGUAGUGGAGGUUACGAUAUUAGCGGCACGACGGAUUAUGUGGACAGCACAACCUUCGACCCACGACAGACGCCCAUCGAGCCGUUGCCGGACAGCAAUCUGGUUUCGCCCGUCGUUUCCACCGGCUCUUCAAAAAUGAUGAUGUCCGACUAUCCGGGCGGAGUAACACUCUUUCCGGCCAAGAAUCCUCGGCCGGGUCCCGAUCCUGGUGGAGGUCGUGCCAAUGGACCUCCUCCUCCUCCUCAAUCGGUCGUCCUCGGUGGUGGUGGUGGUGGUAACACUAGUCUCGGUCAAGUUCAUCUGAACGACCGAUCAUCGUCUGCCUCUCAUCAACAACAAACUUCUUACCCAAGGCCUCCUCCUCUUCCUCCUUCUGGCGCACUGAUGGUGGUGGCUGGGAGCAGUAACGUCGGCAAGGUCGCGACCACAUCGACUGACGAUGACGAAGAGUACUUUGAACCGAAUCCCGUUCAGAUCUCAGAACUGUUGGCCAAGACCAUCGGCGACGCUCACAGCCGGACGUGUCUCUUCAGCGGGGAGCACAUCGCCGACAUGUUGCGCAAACCGCAGGAUAUUUCUAAAGUGCAUUAUUACAAAAACAUGGCACAAGAAGAGCUCUGGUUGGAGUGCGCGCAAAGAUUGACAGCUGUUAUUCAGCAAAUUAUCGAAUUUGCCAAAAUGGUUCCCGGAUUCAUGAAACUUUCUCAGGAUGAUCAGAUUGUUCUUCUGAAAACAGGGAGCUUCGAAUUGGCCGUUUUGCGGAUGAGUCGCUACUACGACCUGAGCCAGAACGCGGUGCUGUUCGGCGAUACGCUCCUGCCGGUCGAGGCUUUUCUGACACCCGAUUCGGUCGAGGCCAAACUGGUCUCUUCCGUUUUCGAUUUUGCCAAAAGCUUAGCCGAGCUCAAGCUCAGUGAAAUCCAGCUGGCACUCUACUCCGCCUUCGUCCUCCUCUCCAGUGAUCGAAUGGGACUGAGAGGUACGCUGGAGAUCCAACGGCUGGGCCAGGCCGUUUUGCGGGCGCUGCGUCUUGAAUUGUCUCGCACGCAUCGAACUCCUUUGAAAGGCGACAUCUCCGUGGCCGAUUCCCUGGCCGCCAGACUUCCGGCUCUUAGGGAAAUCUCCGGACUUCACAUGGAGGCGCUGGCCAGGUUUAAACGAGCCACGCCUCACCUGGAAUUCCCCGCCCUGCACAAGGAACUCUUUUCUGUCGACAGUUAAGACGAAACACGACCUCAAA